CAGAAGCCAACCCAGCUUAAUUGGGGAAGGAUGGACUCAUCCCAGCUCCUCUGCAGCAUCUCGCUGCUCCUCCUGGUCAGACCCGCUGUCUCCCAGCCAGUGGAAGGCAAGAGGCCCCUGCUGAUGGAAGAGCCACAGCCGGGUACCAGCAUCAGGGACCUGCUCUGGGCGCUCCUAGAGACGCACAUGCCAAAGGGACCUUCCCUGCACGUCCCGGAUGACCCUAGAAACCUGCUGCCCUACGCCUUCCCCGGGCCGGCCAAGCGCCGUCAAAAACGGAGGCUGCUGGCUGGCAGCCGCUUGUGGGAGCAGCCAGAGGAGCAGGAGUGCCGGCUGCGGAGUUUGCUGCUGCGUGUCAAGGACCUGGCCCUGGGCUACGACUCCGAGGAGACCAUCCUGUUCAAGUAUUGCAGCGGGAGCUGCCCCAAGGCCCGCACCAACCACGACCUGACGCUCUCCAUGCUGCUCCAGAAGAGCGAGAUCCCGGCCCUGGGCGAUGAGAAGAUCGUUGGCGACCCCUGCUGCCGGCCAACGCACUACGAGGACGUGGCCUUCCUAGACAACAGCCACCAGUGGCACGAGGUGGAGAAGCUCUCGGCUUCUGCCUGCUCCUGCGUGGGCUGAUGCUGCUGGCGGGAGGGU